UAUUUCUAAGGGGGGAUAUUUCGCUGCUACACGCGAUGUUUUGUUGUUUGCCUUGAAUCGGUCCGAAGUUGCAAUGUAGUAAACAUCUAUGAACCAAAAUGAAAGCGAUAAGGAAAACGUUUUAUACUAGUCAGUUAGCUAUAACAUUCGCCUGUCUGCCUGAAGUUCUGUAAAAAAUGCUGUCAAAUCUGUGACGUAUGGAAAUUUGCGGAACACCACAAGAUAACAUUGAGGAAGUAGCUAGCUAGAUUGCUAGCUAAUUGGACAGCUGUGUAAGAGUAACGUUAGCUGUUUAUGUAGCUUCUGUUUACAAUUAGAUUUUAAUCGCUUUUAAUCAUGGACGAAGCAGUCGGCGUCAAUGCAGACCCAGAUAUGCCAUCUGACAGUGAGGGUCGUAGCUCGCGCUGGAGAAAUUGGACUGGUUUUUGGUUGCUGGGGUUGUGCAACAACUUUGCGUACGUGGUGAUGCUGAGUGCAGCCCAUGACAUCUUAAAACAACAAGGGUCUCACAACUCCACAUCACCUACCCCAUCCACAGUUGCCUUGGACAUUGAAGGUGCAAAAGGAAGUCACUACGACUGCAGCCCUGUUUCUACCGCGGCUGUUUUGUUGGCUGAUAUUCUUCCCACUCUCCUAAUCAAGUUCUCUGCUCCAUUCUUCAUCCACAAACUCCCUUAUGGUUUCCGAGUGUUGGUAUGCGUUGCAACAGCGAUUGCAAGCUUCCUUCUGGUGUCCUUUUCUUCUACCGUGUGGAUAAGCAUUUUGGCCUACAGACAACGUCUACAGACAACACCCCAUAAUGACAAAGCGAAAACAGGUGUGAUCUUUGCCAGUGUGAGCGCUGGACUGGGAGAGCUCUCCUUCCUCUCUCUCACUGUCUUCUUUAGCAGAGAUGUGUUGGGGGGCUGGGGCUCGGGCACCGGUGGAGCAGGUGUGGCCGGGGCUCUGCUGUACUCUGCUCUCACGCAGGCUGGCCUCUCGCCCAGGAACACGCUGCUCAUCAUGCUGGUCGUACCUGUAGCCAUGGUGAUCAGCUAUUUUUUCCUGCUUGUCUUCCCCCCAUCCUUCCCACAGUGGAAGUGCAGGGAGGUGGAGUCUGUGAGGGGCGGAGACUCACAGAGCAGGCGGCCCCUAUUGGAUGACACUGAUGAAGAGGAGGAGCGGGAGAAAGGUGCUGAAGAAGACAAGGUCACUGGACCACUGACAUUUAUUGAGAAACUACACAUCAUUAAAGGUCUGCUGAGGUUUGUGGUUCCGUUAGGAGUUGUCUACUUCGCGGAGUACUUCAUCAACCAGGGCCUGUUGGAACUCCUAUAUUUCCCAAACUUCUAUCUCUCCCAUGCAGAGCAGUAUCGCUGGUACCAGACACUGUACCAGGUGGGGGUGUUGGUCUCGCGAUCCUCUCUCUGCUGUGUGAAGUUCAGGAGAAUCUGGGCUCUCUCUCUGCUUCAGUGUGUGAACGCGGUGUUGCUGUUAUUGUCGGUGUACUACCAGUUCCUGCCCAGUGCGUGGCUGGUGUUUGUGAUAGUCCUCUACGAGGGGUUGCUGGGAGGAGCUGCAUACGUCAACACAUUCUACUUCAUCAGCAAGGAGACUGGAGACAGACAGAGGGAGUUUGCCAUGGUGGCAGCCAGUGUAGGAGACAGUCUGGGCAUCGCCAUCUCCGGCCUCAUAGCUUUCCCAGUCCACAGAUACUUCUGCUCACUAUAAGCGAUAGUAGAGGGAGAAAGACUGGUGAGAAGUGCAAAAGAGAUAGUGUCAUGUUUUGAAGUGCUUGAUAUUUCCUUGGAGGUCUAAAGAAGAGACUCUCUGCAGCUGGGGUGGAUGGAAUUUGCUGAUAAUUAUUGUGUUACAUUUUUGCAUAAAUUAGAGGUCAGUUCAGACACAUCUUCCUGCACCUUAGCAACCUUGCUGGGUGUGUGGUAGAUUCCUCCAUUUACUUAGAAAUCACAUUGUUACAACUGGUACAAGUUUCAUAUCACUUCGAAAGAUAACGGUCACUAGCCAACUGUAACUUUUAAUAUUUUUCUGCCAUCACCAAAGACAACAUUUGUCAAUGUGCCUUUGAUAAUUAUCAGGAUUUUAUGUUUUAAUAUAUUUCUCUUUUCACUACAUUCCAAUGUCUAGUAUCCUGCUAAUAUAUAAAAAAAUGUAAGCACUAACUUUUUCUUUGCUGCUAUUGUUGAGUUAUUGAUUAUUGUUAUAAAAUUGUGAAUGCUCUAACUUAGCUCUACUAACAGUGUUUACAUGUGGGCUUUUAUGAUCAAUGUUAUAUUUUGUUGUAACUUUUGAAAACGGACAAGUGAUUAAAGAUUUGAUUUUGAAUCAAA